GACAAGAAGAAGAGAGGAUAAAGGGAAAAGAGAAGAGAAACUAGAAAAACAAGGAGUUGGAACCCAGACAAUUACGUUUUGGAAUUUUUUUUUUCUGGACAUCAUCUCCUGGAUUUUCACUUCCUUCAAUAUCCUGCGUUCACCUGUCACCUGUUGCAGAUGGGAAAAUAGCACCUGCUUGGCUUCUGUGUGUGUUACCAGCCGGACUACCUUCAAUCUCACCACCACAGUUAAGAGGAUGGGAGCUGUUCGCCUCUGUCUUGCGCUGGUUUUCCUGGCCUCUCCGGUGUGCGCGCAGUGGUGGAACUUUUUCUGGGCGAAGCCAAAAACCACCACUCUUCUUCCUCCCCUUUCCUCUCCGACCAGCUCCCACCAGAAGCCUUCCACCACCCAGGGGACUCCGUCGGAGUGGGGAGAGGGGAAAAAGGAGGACACGGUGACAGCGAACCAUGUGGAGGACACCGGGACAGGGUGGACGACGCCGUCCUCUGCUCCACACACCUCAGGGGAUUUAGCUUCCCGCAACAAUAAGAAAACGUUGACAUCGUCUUCUAGGGAGAACUCAGGUGGAGUCGCCAAAGGCAGGUCCGAGAAUAAACCACUGAAACAAUGGAAGAGUGAGAAAGCUUCAGGAAGUCAUCUGGACCUGAUGGAUCUGAUUGGCAUCCCUCUGCCUCCCGCUGUCUCCUUCACCAAUGGUUUCCAGGGGUUUCCAGCGUACAGCUUCGGAAGCGACGCCAACGUCGGCCGACUCACAAGGACAUUUGUGCCCGGGCCUUUCUACAGGGACUUUGCCAUUAUUGUCACGGUGCGUCCGACCGCCCAGAGAGGAGGCGUCCUGUUUGCCAUCACAGACGCCCAUCAGAAGGUAGUGGAGCUGGGUUUGGCCCUCACGCCGGUCCACGGAGGCCUCCAGCGAAUCGUUCUGUACUACACUGACACGGAGCAGGCGUCCCACAGCCACAAAGCUGCUGCCUUCAGCGUCCCAGACAUGACGGACCAGUGGACACGGUUCACGUUGGUGGUGGAGCAUAAUGAGGUGCGUCUUUAUAUGGACUGCGGUGAGGCUGAGAGGACGACUUUCCGUCGCAGGCCAGAGAAACUCACCUUUUCACCAAACUCUGGCAUUUUUGUCGCAAACGCCGGAAGCACAGGCCUCGAUAAGUUUGAGGGGUCUGUUCAGCAGCUGAUCAUAAGGGAUGAUCCCAGAGCAGCAGAGGAGCAGUGUGAGGAGGAUGAUCCGUAUGCCUCGGGGUAUGCGAGCGGAGACGAUCCUCUGGAUGACAGAGAGACAGAGGUGGACUCCAGAAAAAGGGAAGAUGGCGUCAAACGGCCAGUCGUCUCUCUGAAGGGUGAGAGCAACUUCCCUGUCGAAGCUCCGCCCACUGUUUUACCAGAGGUGGAGCUUGAUGAGUAUUCUGGUCACAUGACUCCAACAGCAGCCAAUGAGGACCUGCUGAUAACAGAGUCUCAUCAAACAGAAGAGGCAGGAGAGCGACCUGGACAUGUUCUCAUCAGGCCUGGCUUGAAAGGGGAACCAGGAGAUCGUGGACCACCGGGGCCACCGGGGCCUCCUGGCUCUCCAGGACCUCGCUACGUACACAAAGAGGGCCGUGGGAAACUUGGGCCACAAGGACCUCCUGGAGCCCCGGGAACACCAGGGGGCGAUGGACAAAAGGGAGGCAAAGGUGAAAAAGGUGAAGUGGGUCAAAAAGGACAACAGGGAUCUCCAGGUUUGAGCGGAGAGGCUGGAGCUAAAGGAGACAAGGGAGACCCAGGCGUUGGUUUGCCAGGCCCCCCUGGUCUUCCAGGACCCCCAGGACCUCCCAGAUCCCGCAGUGUCCCAUAUGGACCAGAUGCCCUUGGUUCUGGCUUUGAGGAUCUGGACACCGAUACUGUUUUCAUCAGGGGUCCAGCAGGUCCUCCGGGGCCUCCGGGACCACCUGGGCCUCCUGCACCCCAACUGUCAUCAGAACUGACCCCUAGCCAUCCUGGACCCCCGGGUUCACCUGGUGGUGAUGGACUUCCAGGCGAACAGGGAAUACCAGGUCCCGCAGGGACAGAUGGCUCCCCGGGCCCACCAGGGGGUGCUGGACCAAAGGGCGACCAAGGGACACCUGGACCACCUGGACCAAAGGGUGAAAGUGGAGAUGCGGGCCCACCAGGAUCUCCUGGACUCCAAGGGCCCAAUGGUCGAUCAGGAAGAAAGGGACCUGCAGGUCCACCAGGACCCCCUGGCCCACCUGGCCCUCCAGGAACCAAAGUCCUUGUAGAGGAUAUGGAGGGAUCGGGAAAGAGCGACUUGUUAAUUAGGACAGGAGUAAGAGGACUGCAGGGCCCUCCUGGCGUACCAGGACCCCCCGGACCACCGGGUGAGGACGGCGCUCCCGGUGUUCCUGGGCUUUCUGUCAAGGGGGAACCAGGGAAACGAGGACCAGACGGCCUUCAGGGCUUUGCAGGACUGCCAGGUCCUAGAGGGUCCAAAGGAGAAAAAGGCAGCCCAGGAUCAAAGGGCGAGCCAGGUGCUGACGGGCUCAGUAUCACAGGACCGCCCGGGCCUCCCGGACCUCCAGGACCUGUUGCAAACCUACAGGAACUGCUCCAGAACGCUACAGAUGGGAUGUUAAACUUCACAGAGUUCAGUGGACCCCCGGGGCCCAGGGGCCCUGAAGGUUUGCCGGGACAGGCUGGAUUUCCAGGUCCUAGAGGACCAAAGGGAGACAGAGGACCUCAAGGUGUUGAGGGAGCUACAGGAGAGAAGGGAGAAAAGGGCGAACCUGGCGUGACAAUUGCUGCAGAUGGAUCUAUUUUGUCUGGACCGAGGGGCCCUCAGGGGCCAAAGGGCCCAAAGGGCGACCGGGGCUUCCCAGGAGCCAUAGGACCUGUGGGACCGAUGGGACAUCCUGGUCAAAAAGGAGAGUAUGGUUUCCCUGGACGCCCAGGGCGACCAGGUAUGGUGGGGAGAAAAGGCGACCGAGGAGAAUCUGUCAGCCUGCCGGGUCCUCCUGGUCCUCCGGGUCCUCCUGGUCCACCAGGAAGAAUUCUCGGUCUAAAUGGAGAGUCGGUGACGAAGAGAGACUCUGUGGGACUUAAAGGAGCCAAAGGCGACGAAGGGACGCCUGGUGAGCCGGGAACGCCCGCACCCCCGUUACCUGACGCGGCAGAGGGAGCUAAAGGCGAUCUGGGGGUCAAAGGUGAAAAGGGAGAAAAGGGCGACGCGGGCCAGCCCGGUCCUCCAGGACUUCCAGGGAAAUCCGGACUUGUGGGUCCAAAGGGGGAGUCCGUUGUAGGUCCCCCAGGUCCGGCUGGUACUCCUGGUCAACCCGGAGCUCCCGGGCUCGGACAACCUGGGCCCCGAGGCCCGCCUGGCCCUGCUGGGCCGCCGGGACCGGCCCCCGAAUAUGGAUCUGACGUCAGUGUCCCUGGUCCUCCCGGUCCUCCUGGUCCACCAGGAUCUCCAGGCUACGCUAACCCGGUGACGACCUUCAAGACCGUCAAGGCUCUCAGCAGAGAGACCAGAGACCAGAGAGCCGCCGAGGGAACGCUGGCGUACGUGUCCGAGAGAGGGGGGGAGCUGUACAUCAGGGCACGCAACGGGUGGCGCAAAAUCCAGCUCGGAGAGCUGAUUCAAAAUGGAGCCUCCUCAUCAGAAGCGUCUCAGGCUCUGAGCAGAGCGGGAGAUUGGAGCCGACCACAAAGAGUUCACAGCCAGGAACUGCAGGAGGGCAGCAGGGGAUUCCAGCCCAGCUACAAUAUCUUGCCACAGACCAUUGAGUCCGUACCUGGACUCCAUCUAGUGGCGCUGAAUGCGCCGCUCAAAGGCGACGUGCGCGGCAUCCGCGGGGCAGACUUCCUGUGCUACCAGCAGGCGCGCUCCGUGGGGCUUACCGCCACCUACAGGGCCUUCCUGUCAUCACACCUCCAGGACUUGGCGACCAUCGUACGGAAGGCUGACCGCAACAACCUGCCGGUGGUUAAUCUGAGGGGGGAAAUAUUGUUCAGCACUUGGACCUCCAUAUUCUCUGAGAAUGCGGGCGUGUUCAACCCGUUGACACCCAUUUAUUCUUUCGAUGGACGCAACAUAAUGACUGAGCCAGCAUGGCCGGAGAAGCUGGUGUGGCACGGCUCCAGCAAGGUGGGCACCCGCCUGACCGCCAACUACUGCGAGGCGUGGCGGACGGGCGACGUGGCGGUGACGGGCCAGGCGGCGCUGCUGCAGACGGGUCGUCUGCUGGGACAACACCCCCGCUCCUGCUCCAACCACUACGCAGUGCUGUGUAUAGAGAACACAUACGUGGGAAACACACCCCAACGGAGAACCUGAAGAAACACACACACAUAUUAACACACAUGCAGGCAUGUUGAAAGUGGGAAAUACGAUUGGGGGGAAAACGCAUUUAGGCACAUGAAACACACACACAUAGAUACGUGUUGUUAUUGUUUUAUUUUUGUGUUUAGUUCCCACCUGAAAGGCGGCGUGAGACGGCAGCCCAACAUGUCCGUCCAUGUCUAGAGCUCAGUUAUUUUUGUAGUCUCUAACAGAGUAAAAAAUAAAAUAAAUAAUAAUAAUAAUAAAAAAAACAUUGUCAGUGUUUGAGAGCUGCCAGCUUUACGAUGUUUCUGGGGCUUCUUUGUUUUCCUGCUCUACAGGCAGACAGACAAACUGGUAGAGAAACGUAGCAGAACUGCUGUAAAAUAAACCGCAGAGUCUGAAGAGGCAAAGUCUCCUUUUUUCCUGUUUUCAAACUAAAGUGACGUUUCACAUCUUAAGAAAGGUCUGACGAGACACGCAGCGAUAUCAGACAAAACGAUUUACAACACCACACGUCAAAAAAAAAAAAGUCAUACAAUAUAUUGCUUCUGCUGCA